UUCUCUGAUCUAUAGAAUAUAAGCAACAUAUUCGGCAAUCUGUAGCCAGAACUUCUCUGACAGUCGAUUGAAUUUCAACAGAGUGCGAAAUAAAUUGGGAUUAUCAAAAAUGUCUGGAACAUUGCCGGCUACCUACGUGAAGGGUUUCCACGACGAGGAGAAGGUGCGCCGCACGGAAUACCGCAAGCUCGGAAAGACCGGCCUGGAGGUCUCAAAAGUCUCGUUCGGAGGCGGUGCCCUCUGCGCCAACUAUGGUUUUGAACUCGAAGAGGGUAUCCAGACGGUGCACGAAGCUCUAAAAUCGGGCAUUAACUACAUCGACACAGCUCCCUGGUACGGUCAGGGUCGCUCCGAAGAGGUGCUCGGUCUGGCGCUCAAGGAUGUGCCAAGGGAGUCCUACUAUAUCGCCACCAAGGUGGCACGCUAUGAGCUCGACUAUGAAAACAUGUUUGAUUUCAGUGCCAAAAAGACCCGCGAGAGCGUGGAGAAGAGCCUGAAGCUCUUGGGUCUGGACUAUGUGGAUGUUAUCCAGAUCCAUGACAUCGCCCCGAACUUGGACAUUGUCAUCAACGAGACGCUGCACACACUGGAGCAGUUGGUCAAAGAGGGCAAAGCGCGAUUCAUUGGUGUGUCCGCCUAUCCGAUUUCGGUGCUCAAGGAGUGCCUGACCCGGGCGGCAGGAAGAUUCGAUACCGUACUUACCUAUGCCCGAUACACUCUGACAGAUAACACGCUCCUGGAGUACCUGGACUUCUUCAAGUCCCAGAACCUGGGCGUCAUCUGUGCUGCGGCCCAUGCUCUCGGACUGCUGACCAACGGCGGACCCCAGCCAUGGCAUCCAGCCAGCGAGGAGCAGAAAGCCAUCGCCCGAAAAGCCUCCGAGGUGUGCCGGGAGCGGGGCGUGGAGCUGGGUAAGCUGGCCAUGUACUACACGAUGAGCGGAUUACCGGAGGUAAGCACAUUCCUCACGGGCAUGCAGACGCGCCAACUGCUGCGGAUCAAUUUGGAGGCCGCCGAGCUGGGAUUAAGCGAUAAGGAGCAGGAAGUGCUGCGGUAUCUGGGAGAAAGUGUUUUGACGAAACCUUUCCAUUGGGAGGGCAACGAACUGGAGCGAUACUGGGCGGCCAUCAAGAAGAAUUAAUCAUGGAUGAUAUCCUUCAAAAGUGGAACCUUUUUUUACUUUUUACAUUAAAAAAUACAAGC